UUAAUACCGGUACCUGUCCAGUGCCCCAAACACUGAAGAAGAGGAAGCCUCGACAAUAGUGAGCCACAUGAAAACCCCAGUGGUUGAAAGCUGGACACGAAGAGAGAACAGCAACUAACGGCUACAGCGGAAGGAAGAUCAAGGAGCAACGACCUAAGAAGCGAUACAAAGCGUCAGAGGUCCACAGAGGAAGAAGAGCCAGACCCACCACCACCACCACCACCAUGGACCUCCUCGACUCCAUCAUGAGCAAAAUGGACAGGCCGCCCAGUGUGAACAACAAGCAGAAGAAGAUAUUAAAGGAACAACAGAAAGCAGUUGAAGAAGCCAAAAGUAAAGAAAAAGAAAGACUAAAUCAGUUCAGAAAACAUAUUGAAGACCGAAUCAACAGAUUCAUUCAGAAUGUUACACUAAUGAAGAAGAAAUUUGAGCCAAUGGAUCGAGUAGCAAGGAGUAUUGUGAGAGAUGUUGCUGAUAUUGCCGGCCUCACCACAUACGCCUUUGGCACAGAGGAUGUUGACCGCCAUGUGAUGGUGUUCAAAAAGGAGUAUCCACUAACAGAGAAUGAACUGGAUGCAUACAGAAAUGGAGAAGAAUGGGACCCAGAGAAGGCCAAGGAAGCAGCAUUACUUAAAGAAAAGCAGGAACAAGAAGAUGAAUUAAGAGCACAAGAGCUAAAGAAAAAUCCAGGCUCAAGCAAGUUUAUUGAAAAGUAUGAGCGUCUGGUUGGCAAAGAAACAGGCAAAGAUGCAGCGAGAGUUCUAGAGGUCAACAAACAGUUUGGGAUUGUUAGCAGUGAACUGAAGAAAGAUAAACGAACUAUAGAAGAAACGUUGGCGGAUAUCAGGGCCAAGAAGCUGAAGAAAGGACAAAGAGAAGUGGAAGAAGCCAGUGAGAAAACAAAAACUGAAACCGAAAAAUCUGAAUAACGAUUAUUAACCUUAGUGCGUUGUUACCUCGUUGAAAGUAAUCAUUAGUUUCUGUGCAAAAGCACUUGUCGAUAUUCAGUAAGUCAGUUUUGAUCGCAAAUACAAGUGUGGGUUCGAAGUGUGUAUGGAUUUCAUUGUUUGGAGAAACAUGUACAAAGCAUAACGUUAAUUCAGGCUUUUAAGUUAAGUAUCAUAGAGGAAGUUUUAUUUUUAACUGUCCCAAAAAACUUUGACAGUACUUUUAGUGUGACAUUUUGUUGAAGCUGUUGAGGAGCCUAUUUAUUUAUUUGCGAGGUUAUUUAUGGGAAGUUUCAAGUUAUUUUUGAGUUAUAGUUAAAUGUUACUGGAAGUAUAACUACAUGUUUACCAGUUUUCUGUUCACUGAAAAUUAAGAAAAAAUGUUUUCAGUGGCAGAACAAAUAAAACAGUUGUCAGACAUUCAAAUCAAUAAACAGAAAAAAAUAUGUAUGUAUUUGUAGAUUUCACAUUCUUACAGGUCUAUAAAUGCAUGAAGGGCUUUAAUAAAGGGGAUGUCAAUAAGAUUUUGAUAGUAAAAGAGCCGGGUGGGAUGCGUAGCAAUGGUUUUAAGUCAGACAAAUUCAGAUUCAACAAAGACAUUGGCAAGAAUUGGUUCACCAAUAGAGUGGUAGAUGAAUGGAACAGGCUUAGGAGCCAUGUGGGUGCCAAUACCAUAGAUACAUUCAAGAAGAGGUUAGAUAAAGCCAUGGAUGGUGAGGUAAGGUGGGGCUGAGUGUACAGGAGCUGCCUUGUAUAGGCCAAUCGGCCUCUUGCAGACUCCUUACGUUCUUAUGUAUGUUCUUAUGACACUUGGCAUAACUAUGGAAAUAUUUAUCUUCAUAUCACUUAAAUUUUUAUCAUAACUAAAAAUUUUGAAAGAUAGUUCAGUGCUUUGAGGUGGAGAAGGAAUCACAUUGUACUGUAGUUUGUUCACUUUUAAGUAAACUCAAUCAGCCAUUCUGUUGCAAGUGUCUCUUACAAGUUUCUUUUUAUUUCCAACUGAAAACAACAAAUAAACAGUAUUUCUCAUUUGA